AUGGCCCUCAAGAAGGUGGGCCUCAACAGCAAGUCCUUCGACUUUAGCGGCGGCGGCUCCACGGACUCCAAGUCCAAGAGCGGGAGCAACGCGGGCCUGGAUGACAUCGAGGCCGAGAACACAAACGGCGGCUGGCCGGCGUGGAUGUCGAUGAAGUCCCUGCCCAUCACCGUCGCCCCGUGGUUCUCCCCGCCCCCGCCCCCGGUCCCCGUCGCCGACCCGCCCAAGAUCGGCGACCUCGCCCCGUUGGACCGCGACAGGAAGCUCGAGUUCGGCCGCGGCAGACCGGUGCUCGUCGUCUUCCUGCGAUGUGUCGGCUGUGCCUUCGCGCAAAAGACCUUCCUGGCCCUCCGCACACUCGCCAACAAGCACGCAAACAACCUAACCUGCAUCGCCGUCUCCCACUCCUCCGCGGCCGCCACGCAAAAGUGGGUGGACCUGCUCGGCGGCGCCUGGAACGUCCAGGUCGUCAUCGACGAGGACCGCGCCAUCUACGCCGCCUGGGGCCUCGGCCUCGGGUCCGUCUGGUACGUCUUCAACCCCACGAGCCAGAUGCAGGGGUUCAAGGAGAAGGGGUGGCUCGGCGAGAAGGUCGCGGGCGCGAUCCAGCGGACGGGAGCGGCCGGGCCGUCGGCGAGCGGGGCGUCUGCUGCUGCGCCGCCGCUGCAGAGGAGGGGGACGUCUGCGAGCGGCAAGGGCGCGGCGGCCGCGGAUCCUGCGGCCGAUGGGCUGCCGGCCGAGGUCGAGGGGCCUAGCACGGUUAUGGGGAACAAGUGGCAGACUGCGGGCGCGUUUGCGGUCGACGGGCGGGGGACGGUGGUCUGGGGCGGCAAGGCGUUGAGGGCUGACGAUCCCAUGGACUUGGGUGCUGGAUGUGCGGCGCUGGGGUUGUGA